AUGUCGCUUUCUGAUGUACAAUAUUUUGAUACCUCCGUCGCUGGGUUCCUGGAUUCGACCGAUGGAUUGCUGGGGCUGAGUCCAUUGGUGGACGAAACGACCUGGCUAGAUACAAUAUCCCCGGGCUCAGUGUACCAGUUCGGACAAGACUUUGACAAUGAUCGGCUCAGCUUAUCGCCUGAUGAUCGCUAUGGCCUAAUGAUUUCUUCGUCUCUUGCGGAUGAGCUCAUUCACAUAUAUUUCGACAAAGUACAAGCCUUCUGUCCUCUUUUCCUACGCACCAAAUUCGAUCAAGACCUAUCGUGGAAUCACAUGGCCAACCGGGAUCAACGACAUCCUGGGUUAUCUCCUGUCUACCAGUUUAUUCUUAACGGAAUGUUCGCCCUUUCUGCGAGAUUUAGCAAUGCCCCAGAGUUUAUCGGCAUCGAUCCGACGUGUCGCGGUCAAAUAUUUGUGAAAAGAGCCACCAAACUUUGGGAAUGGAUAUCCAGAGACUUCAAGCAUUGCCUUCGUACUCUACAAUGUCUUCAAGGCCUUAUUCUUUUGACAUUCAGCUCUCUUCUGUCCGGCCCUUCAGAAGAUGCGUGGAUUCAAAGUGGAACUUGUGUGCGUCUCGCGUACGAUUUGGACCUUCACACUACUGAUGCCCACAAACAAACCCUUCGUGCCAGCUCGCCGCUACAGCAAAAUCAGGAAGCGUGGGUUCUCCUCGAAGAGAGACGUCGUGCCUGGUGGAUGGUCUGGGAGAUAGACACAUUCUCAUCCGCUGUGUCCCUACGACCGUUCGCUAUUGAUAGUCGCUUUAUUCACGUCCUACUGCCGGUGUCGGAUGAUGACUGGAAUAACAAAGCUCAAGCACCGUCGGCAUUACUCAAUGCAAAUGGCGGGAUGCCAUGGAAGCAUCUAGCCGAGUCUUCGAACCGGAGCGAAAGAGCGUGGUUCUUGGUUUGUCUGGCUGUCUUCAGACAGGCGUGCGACGCAGCUGUCCCACCAGGACCUUCUGUACAGAUGCUUCAUCAUGCAGAGGCGGCAAUCGGAUGUGCGUUCCUUGCGUUGCCUCCUUCGUUUCAAGAUUUUUCUAUGUCGGCUGCAUCAUGUCAUACCAGUUAUGUAACACUUAACUGGAUUGCGUGUUCUCUGAUUGUCUUGAAUUGGUACGCUCUAUGCCCGGUGUCGAGUUCGACAAUUUUUACUUUGGUUUGGCAUGGCUGA